UUCUUUUGGUCAGGAAAAUUGCUAUUUUUGAUGGUUUAGCAAAAUACUUCAAAAAUAGGCGUACCUUUCCCAUGCUUCGGAAUGUUUCCAACACGUCUUACCAAAUAUCGGCGCGCGUGCGGUCACUUUAGUUCGUUUGUUGUUAAUUAUAAUUGACAGAGAAAAGGCGGUGCCCAACGCAUUUCGUCCAAUGAAAUUCGCGCGACCACUUGUUAAUUGAAAAUGAAACCGUUUGAUUGGUGAAUGAUAAGGUAGCCGAUCGUGGGAAAAAGUAAUUGAGAAAAUUCUCAUUGCUACAAUAAAUCGUUUCGUUUAUGAGUGAAAUUUCAAAAGUGCAACAAUCUACAUGAGCAACAGGUUGUCAGUAGAUUCUGGGAAUUUUAUAAAGAUAAAGAACUUGUGAUACACAAAACAAUAGUUUAUUAACAAAUAAUCAUCUUAAACAACAUUUAUUCAAUUAUGGAUGAAAUGGCUAGUGAGAAAAAAGAAAAAGUGACCCCAACACGUAGGACGAAUAAGCCACUUAUGGAGAAAAGACGUCGAGCUAGAAUCAAUGAUUGUCUCGUGCAACUGAAAAGUCUCGUGCUGCAAGCAAUGAAUAAAGACACGACACAAUAUUCUAAGUUGGAGAAGGCGGACAUAUUGGAAAUGACGGUGAAACAUCUGAAGUUGGUCCAGCGUCAGCAGAUGACGGCUGCUAUGGCAUCAGAUCCAAAUGUAAUCAGCAAAUAUCGAGCUGGGUUCAAUGAGUGUGCGGCUGAAAUUUCACGUUAUUUGGAUACCGUGAACGGCGGCAAUCCAGAACUUAAGGGACGUGUAAUGAACUAUUUGGCCAACAGUAUGAUGCAGUUUCCCGUCAUUCCGGUGUACCAGGGCGUCGUGCCACCGUAUCAUGUACAAAUGACGUCACCAGCAACGUCACAUGCAGGAUUUUGUAUGCCACCAUACGGAAACAACGUCUUCAACUCGCAACAUCAACAUCCUCAAACUCACCAAAACAAGCAUAAUCGUGAUUAUCUCCCUUACUCCCACAACAUAGAAACUUCUGUCAAACAAGAAUCAACGCCAGUGAACGUCAACGUUGAGUUUCCUUCACGUGUUACGUCACAAACAACGUCACCUAUUAGGCAUAUUCCCUCCCCUUGUGACUCUGACAGUGGAUUAAGUGAUAGUUCGUUCUCACAUGACGAAAAUGGAAAUUAUUCUCAAUUCAAUAUUAACCAAGAUCUUCGAAAUGAAAACGAUUCUAGGCAAUCUGAGUUAUACAAAAGUAAUGAAAGUAACCGUGCUGUCCCUUGUUACAAAUAUGACCAUAGUAGAUUAAGUCCGAAACGAAAACAAAAUGUGUGCAAUGAAAGUGCUCAAAAACGAUUCCGCUCCAGUGAAAACUUGACAUUGGAAAAUGUGACAGUAAAACCUGAACGUGAUGCACGUGAAAACGACCCAAUGUGGCGUCCCUGGUGAUAUGUUAUGAUAUGUAACCACGUGCCUUACUUUUGUUAUAUUGUUAAAGAAUUAAUAGUUACGUUUUUAUGUAUGUGACUUCCCUGUAGUGCUUUAAGUGUGAUGAGAAAUUCGGAAACAGUAUUAUAUUUUGUUGAUACAUUUAACAAUGAGACAUGUUUUACAAGGAAAAUAAUUUACAAGGAGAAUUUAUAAACUGUUUGGACUUCUUUGAAAAUUCAUGUGCACUUUGGACCUUUUCUUAUAAUAUGUUAAAUAGUUAUAUUGAUAUCGCUAUGUUUUGAAAAAGACUAUCAAUUCAUUUCAUUCACAUUUUUUACCUUUCCGUCAAAUUACAUUUGUUCACUAUUUAAAUACAUGCACCGUGACGUCUUUGCAGAAAUUGUUAAGUGAUUAAGUUUCACCAAUAUGUGUGACUAUUUAAUAACUUAACCAUGCGCACCGUUGUUUUUGUUAUAAAUUUAUAAAGCUGCUGAAUAAUAAAAAAUGUCACGAGAAGAACAAUGAAUGUAAUGUUUGCAACAAUGGCAUGCGCAGGAUUCCGUACUUUAUUAAUAACUUUAAGGUCUGACAGACCUUUUAAACAUGAAAAUGUGACAUUUUAGAACUAAGUUAUUUGCAAAAAUAAUAAAGAAAUAUACUAAGAAUGAAUUGAAAAUCGUAUUUCUGUGAGACUCUAAGCUUUUUUGAGCAAAAGGCAUUCUUUUAACGUUUUUUCAUGUCUGGGCCAUUUUCACAAUUUAAAUUUAAAAUUCUGGGGAAAAAACAGAGUGAGUGAAUUAUCUAAAAUUCUGCAUGCAAGUUAUUUGUCCAGAAGAACAGCAAAUGGAACAUAAAUCUCAAAGAAAAAUAUUAAACUCUUAAAUGUUGUCCCUUUAAUUAGUUAUAAUGUUUAUGACUAAAUAAGAACUGAUCUUUGUUUUCUGUUAUGUAGCUAUUUUUUACUACAUUGUAAUAGUAUCGACGAUUUCUUUGAGUAUAUUAUAGAAAGAAAAAUGUUAUUUUGAAAAGUUGUUUUAAACAUGUGUUAUAUUUUAUGAACUGCUCAUGUGAUAAAAGUAUUAAAAUAUAUGAAAGAAA